AACACCAUCAGUUAACUUGUGGGUGUCUUGAUUCAACCUACGGUCAUCGACGCGCAAAUCAUCGCCCUGGUUAAAAUGACGGCAACAUCGUCCACUGCAAAGGCUGCAACUAUUUACCUCGGCUUCGGUAGCAACAUCUGGAAGCAACAAGUAAAGAAUCGUUGCCACACUUCGGAAUACCUGGGUAUAGCUCGCCUACCAGGCUAUCGUUGGUUUAUCGCGGCGCAGGGUGGCGCCAACAUCAUCCAAGGGUCCGACGACGACGAAGUCUGGGGUCUGGCGUACUCUUUGCAGCCUGAAGACGAAGCGGCACUCGAUGUUCUCGAGCGAAUGCCCGUGCAUUUCACCAAGGAGAUCGUGCAGGUUCAGCUAUGGGAUCAAGAGGCGGACGACAACCCGGCGGAUCCUGCCCAAGCACCCAGGAUUGUGGCGGCAAUCGUCUACAUCAGCCAUGAGCGUACAGCGGUUGGAGAGCCCAGAAAAGAAUACGUCAUUCGUAUGAACCAUGCGAUUGCCGAUGCCCUGAGUUCAGGUAUUCCUCGAGCAUAUAUCGAGAACGUGUUGCGCAAGUGGAUUCCUGCUGGUGAUGGCGAAUCGGGGAAAACCGUUGGCUAGAUACCAGUGGCACUACUCAGACUUUGAAUAUACAGUAUCUGACAUGAAGCAAUAUAGUCUCAAUUUAUAUACAAGGUGAAUUAUAUAAGAUAAUAACUAGAAUAGCUAUCUCGAGAGCAUAAUAUGAGCCCACG